AUGCGCGGCUCGGGUUAUUGGCUUGCUUGCUGGGUGGCUUCGGUGGCGGUGGUUGCUGCGGCGGAUCCCCCCCCGCUGCCCGACAAGAACAGGGAGGAGUCAGCGCGCAGCAGGCUGGCAGUCAUGGGUUGGUGGUGCGCCAAGCCAGGGAUGCUCGAUACCGCGCCGUGCGAAAACUUCAAGUUUCUUACGCUGCUGAAGCAGGCGGCAACGCAUGAUGAGAAGAAGGCGAUUGUGGUCAAGAGGUUGGAGGCUAGGCGCGCGCGGCGCCGGGACAAGGCUGCCGUAGCACUUGCCCGCACGGAGUACGUGAAGAUGUACAAGUUGUACUGCACAGAAGUGAUGGCAAAGGUUGUGGAGCUUCCUCUGAUUUGCAAACAAAAAAUGCGGCUGCUUGGGCUGAACCUGACGGAUACAGCCAAAACCAGCACAAAAAGCGCGAGCUGA